GCUUGCGAGGAGAAGGCUGUUACGCUGCCAAGGUUAGAUUGUCCGGACGUCGGCGCGCACUGCCAGCCCGCCACAGCGACAGAGCGCGCGCUGGCACAGUGCCAGACGCUACGCACGCAUUCACCGGCGCACGGAGUGCACGCACGCACUAUUUUCUUUCUAGAUGUGAGCGGUGUGUAGAGUAGUGAGCGUAGCGGCGGCGGCAGAGACAUCAUUUUGUUCACUGGGUCGCAGAAUUUCCCCGCCCGGUUGAAAGCCGCGCGAGACUUCUUUUUCGCCUUCAUGUUGGGAAACGAGCUUGCCUUAUGUGUGGAAUACCGCGAGAAGAAAGUUUCACCGGAUGAUCCGUUGUUUUAUGCGUUUUUUCCCCUCAGGCCUUGGAAUGUACGGUGGUUUUGUGUGUGCUUGAAAAAUUGAGAAACUGGUGUUUUGUGUUUUUGAAACCAGACCCUAGCCCUGUUUCAUAAGGGUGUGUUUUGAGUGGAGUCGCGUGUUCAUCUUGGAUAUUUGUUGCGUCACCACGCCAGUCUCAUGCUGUUUCACAUUGUGGAAAAGAAAAAAAGGUCGCGGCCCAUGUCGCCCAAAGCGCAGCUGGAGCACGACAAGCGCGUGAGGCGCGAGAUUGCCAACAGCAACGAGCGGCGACGCAUGCAGUGCAUCAAUGCAGGCUUCCAGUCACUGCGCGCCCUCAUGCCGCAGCUCAACGGCGAAAAACUCAGCAAGGCGGCCAUCCUGCAGCACACCACGGAGUACAUCGCCAACAUGGAGCAGGAGAAGAACAAGCUGGUGGCGCAGAACGAGCAGCUGAAGCGCAUGGUGCUGGAGAUGGGCCGCGAGCGCGACAUCGAGCGUCAGAACGAGUCGCCGCCGCCGAAACGCAAGAAAAGAGAUACAGAAUCGUCUGACGAAGGAAUCAGCAUGGGUGGGUCGGCGUCUGACAGUUCCGAGGACCUUCAGACGACAGAGGAUCUUCAGCGAGAAAUGCUGGAGCUUCGCCAGCAACUCAACCAUGAGCGGCUGCUGCGUGUGAUGCUGGAGGACCGCACGCGCUCUCUAGAGGCGCAGCUGUACCACCCGCAGCACCACUCCCACGUGCCGACCCUCGUGCACACCCAGAUGAACCUGAAAGUGGCCGAGUCCCACGUCGGUAAAAGCACGUGCAACGUGCAGGAAGUCUCGGCUCACGAGGACCGAGCGCUUGGCGAGCCGCACUACCAUCACCCAGCGCCCCCGCGCCGCAACCUGGAGAACCUCGUGGAGGCCAUACGGCAGAUCGAGGGCGACCGUGCGCUUGGCGACGACCACAAGUUCUACAGCGAGCGCCACGCCACGCUGACCAGCGAGGAGAGCGAGAAAGAGAGCAGUGUCAGUGACCAGGAGGAAUCAAAGUCGGAGGGGUCGGGCAGGGACUCGCCCUCGCCCCUGGGACUGUGUGCGCACCGUGUGGCUGCUGUUGCUGUGUCAGCUUCGGCGUCGGCGUUCACCACGACGACAGCAGAAACAGGCAGCGCCACCACGAUUCACGCGAGCUACUCGGAGAAAUACCCAAUCGCUUCGCAUCUACUACACCGACCCUCAUAUAGCCAGUACUACAGACCAGGGGUCAUUGUUCACAAGUCCUGAGGACUGGCCUGGCUUCGCUUGUUGCUUUCUAUGUUAUUUAUACAUUUUGGGUUUUUUUUUCUUUUUUCAUCAUUUUGAUUUGGAAAUCAUAGUAAUCAUCUCACAGACACACACACACAGAAGAGAAGAAAGAACUUCAUGGGACACUGUAAUUGGUUUUUGUUGUUGUGGUUUUGUUUUGUUCUCCUCAUGGUUUCCCACAUACUGUCAAGGAAUAAAGUCCUAAUGCAUCAAUCAUUUCUUAAUCAUUUACUUGUCAUCAACACCUUUUAAAAAAGCAACACAAGGUGGUUAUAGGGAUGGAGUAAUGUAACUUAUUUUUUACACGCCUGAGAAUAACUGUGUGCGGAAUAUUUUGUUUCAUUUUCUUUCACCCCUUCGCCAUUUUUUUUCUCUCCCAUGCCACUUGUGAUGGGUGGGGAAAGUUCGCCUUCGCCCAACCCCUUUCCUCCUCACAGCUGUCUUGUACAUUUAAUAACUGCGUGAGCCCUUUCUGAUUUUAUGACGUCCGUUGCAAGGAACUGAAGGACUUGGGAUGGGGUUGGAAAUUGGUGAAAAGAGAGUUUUGGGAGAGGGGAGGUUAAGUGGAGGCAAAGGAAGAAAAAAAAAAAACGCUCGAGCUGCUGGUGUCUUUAGGCUGGUGAUAAACGUCUGAGCCUUGCCCAUUUUAUUAUGUCCAGGAACAUUCCAUUGCCUUUUGUUAAUUUUUUUUAUUUGACGAGCUGCAAGAGGGAAAAGGCCAUACUGUCCAAAAAUUCUUCAAAUGUAAAGAUACAGUUACUCCACUUUUUUUUAAAGUCGUUGGUUAAAAAAAAAAGUCUUGAUCAAUCCCGUUUGCAGAUUAAAUUAGGUACCAGUCGAUGUAUCUUUCGCUUUUUUCUUCACAUUCUCUCUCGAUGUAUCAGAAAAGAGGAGAGAAGGCGUAGUUCUAAAACGUGUUGAAUUGGGGGAGUGGGGGCUGCAAACUGUAGAAUCUUGCGGUUGGCAUUUGUUUGUGUGGCUUUCUUACCGGAAGUCAUUAACUUCAGACUUGGUAACGCAUUUGGUUCUCUUGUGUUGAUUGCAUGGUUUUUGUUUGACGUUGAUUUUUUUUGUUUAUAAGAAAAUAUUGUUAAUAUUAUUCCCCUCGCUUGUCGGACGGGCCUGUCAUGAAAGGUGCGGACUGAUGAGUAGUGGGGUAGUGUUGUGUGCAGCCAAGCCUUCUUAGCUGUGGGUUGUUGUGUAUAAAAUAAAGAACUGUACAUAAGACGCUUGUAGAUACGAGUCAUACAAAGCAUUUUGAAACUCUGCUUUUCGUUCUUCACCUCUCCCUCUCCCCCCACUCUCUCCUUCCCCCCCCUCCUCGCCCCCAACUCCAGCCUUUUUUUUUUAUUUUUGAAGGCUUUGUGCAUAACAAAUACAAACAGUUUAGACAUGUACGUCAGCUCGUAAUCAUAUCAGUAAUUUUGCUGUCGGAGAUGGUACACCAUUUCUGACAAAUAAACAAAUAGAACUCUCCCCCACCAUAAAAAAAAACUAAACUAAAACAAAAAAUCCUAAACAAAACCACCAAGCAAAUGGGGGAGGAACUGUUAUUAAUUCCUUUCAAGUGUUGAUGGAGAACAAUUAGCUAAAACUUCUCGUAAGAUAGGGGAUACUCACCAGUCCUGGCAUGGGUGUCAAGUAUUUGCAUGCCUCCUAGGUAGAGCUUAGCAGCCGUACUCAGAAAUAGUUAAAGCUGCUUCUGCGCGGUUCAUUUUUUUUCCUAUCCAAAUUUCCUCUUUGUCUACGCCUUUAAAAUACUGAAUUAAAAGUUUAAAAUGAUCUUUCAUUAAGCCUUUUUUUUUUAACGUAGCUUACCUACGAUGGGUGGGAAUGUUAAGACUGUUUGGCGAUUUUUAUUUUUCCCGCCUGGGCUGGAUUUCUGCUGAUGUUUAUUAUUAUCUGUGUGCGUGAUACUGUGUCCUCUUUGUUCUGUAAAACAAAUCUUGAGUGAUUUGCUGUGCAUUGAUAAAACAUUCUGGUGGUGAGCUUGCUUACUGGUCGUGAUUGUGGGGUGCAGGACGCUGUCCUGGUAUAAUACUGUUUAGGCAGACAUUUCAGUAAGGAUUUUUCUUUUUCCCCCAAUCUGCAAACUUUUAUAUGCAUGUAAUGCACUUAUUUCGGAGGUUAAGGCCACUGGCCAUCAGAAGAGCGCUCCUGUGAUUCCUGUAGACGGAAACCUAGUUUUUCAGCUGUGGCAUCGUGUUCACAGCCACGUCACAACGUCUUUUCUGGGAGGAAGCGCGGGAAAGACUCCAGAUGCAAAUUGAUUUUUCCUGUGGUGGUAGGCGAGGGAACAGGGGGCGAGUUGGAAUUUUUAAAGGGCGAGAGUAAUAGGCGUUGAUCGAUGGACUGGCCGUGAAAAUGUUGCGUCACUCUGUGUAGUUCAAUAGCACCGGAGAGAAUGCUUGCCUUGUAUCCGUUCUUUAACGUUUUCUUCUUCUUCGUCAUCCUUCCCCCCGUCCACACCAGCAUGAGUGGAUGACUGUUGCGGAGAGCUUGUGGUAGGAGUCGAGUGGAUGACCGCGUGCGUCUUGGCGUCUUCAGCCCUCUUUCUUUUUUCUUUUCCAUGUCUUGCCUUCGUUUUCCUGGUGGUCAAAGUGGCUGUUUAGUGAAACUGGGCUUCUCUAACAUGGAACACAUUUACGAUGCACACAACAAUGCAACACGGUGGAAGCACCAAACCUCGUCCGAAAUAUUGCGUCGGCGUCAAGGCGAGCGAUUCAAGGGCCAGGCUUGGGUUUUGUCCAUCAGUCAGACUUUUUUUUUUUUUUUUGAAUUUUCUGUUCGUAUUCCAUAUCUGGACACUUGUGUAUCAUGCUAUUUAUCAGUCGGUUGUGGCCGCCUAUUUUACUGCCUUUCAGUGUGGACCAGCCCCGUUCCUUCUUCCGCGCUGUAAUAUUUCCUAGACUUGCUCCUUGAAAUUUUUUCAGGGUGGAGGCAUCGGUUGUUCGUUUGUUCACACAUACACACAUAUGUUUUUUUAACUGAUUCAGGCUUUAAAAGUUACAGGUUUUCUAGCAUCAUGCAAAGAGGAUAGGGUGCGAGUUUGUAUGAUUUAACAAAGCCCCACCCCACCGAACUUAACAAAGGAAUUGUAAGGGAGGGAUAUUGUCACUAGUCACUUUCUAUCACACCACCAAGCAUUUAUUGUCACAGUUCUUACUUUCUCGUGUAGUCUCGACUUUCAGGACGGAAAAUGUCAUGUGGUGGAUCUCAGGUACAUGGGAACUGAUCAGAAGGCGUGAUGCUAGACAUUUGUCCGCAUACAAAUGAAAUUAAUAAAUAAGACCUGUUUAUACAUAUAUACGGAAGCCAUCGAGAUCCCCGUAAAGCACCGAGUGCUGGGCAGAGAUCUUUAGGCUGUUAUCUAAGGUAAUCGUGGAAAAAGUUUACUUCCGGAAAUUUUCAGAUGAAGUGAGAUUUUUUUUUUAAAGUCGUGUCCACAGACCUUGGUUGCAGUUUGUUGACUGUUUCGAGCCAGUGGGGUUGUUGGGCGUUUAAUUAACGGUGACAUUUAAACGUCUCCCAUAGCAACCAAGCAUCGAUCUGUCACCUCCAUCUUCUCCGUUCACUUCCGGAACAAAAGUACCGGACUAUCACAGUAGCCUUAUAUCCGAGAACUCUGCGUGUGCGUUUGGCUCCAAGAGCAUCCUUUUUCCGUUUCGUCACUUAGUUCUUGAAUAUUUCCAGACUAGGGUGUGCUGUCGCGUAUGUCCAGACUGUUUUUAGCAUGGCUUUUCUCGGCAUUUCUAGAAAAGGGCAGCGUUCUGUCAACAUUUUCAUUUUUCUCUCUCGUUUUUUUUUCUUGUUCUACCAAGUCUGCUUUAUACGUAAUGUGUUAAGAUUGAAAAUACAAUUUUUAGCUUUGUUUGAUAAGAAAGAAAAAAUAAAAUUAUUGAGGUGUACUAC